UAUCGCCGCUGUUUGAGCUCACCUCUGCCGACGGCGUUUGCGAAGAUAACAUUCGACAAUGGCGACGAGACUUGGAAUUUGGCCGCUCUACUACAUUUACUCAGCACCUGUGAGGCUGAGCCGGACGCAGCGCCGCUCGCGCUGCGCGCGCCAAGGAUACAGCGGCCUCGGCCGCCGAGGGAGGCGCCAAGUCAGGGCGCAGUCGGGCACGUGCCCAACCUGGCGCCAAAUUGUUGGCCGGGCCCCCGGCCCGCCAAGGCCUCCUCUUCGCGCUCUCAGAGCGCCAUCCGCUCUCCAUCCGGCCAGGCAAACAGGACUGGCUCGUCGACGGGAGUGCCAACGUGCGGAUACCACACACAGGGCUUUCGACUCGUGAUGCCUAUCGUGUGCUGCUAG